AUGAGAAAAUGGAUCCUGCUCCUGUCUGUGCUGCUGUGUGGCCUGACUGGCUCCACGCACCUGCUGCAGCCGAGCCUGGUGAUGGACAUGGCCAAGGUCCUCCUGGAUAACUACUGCUUCCCAGAGAGCCUGAUGGGGAUGCAGGAAGCCAUCGAACACGUCAUGAACAGCCGCGAGAUUCUGGGCAUCUCAGACCCUCAGACGCUGGCCCACGUGCUGACAGCCGGGGUGCAGAGCUCCCUAAACGACCCUCGCCUGGUCAUCUCCUAUGAGCCCAGUGCCCUUGAGGCCCCCCAGCAAGCCCCCCCAGCAUUCGACAGCCUCACCCAGGAGGAGCUGCUCACCCAUCUGCAGGAGGGCAUCCGCCAUGAGGUCCUGGAGGGCAAUGUGGGCUACCUGCGACUGGACGACCUCCCAAACCAGGAGGUGCUGAACCAGCUGGGGGCGUUCCUGGUGACCCACGUCUGGAUGAAGCUCAUGGGCACCUCGGCCUUGGUGCUGGACCUCCGACACUGCACCAGGGGCCACGUCUCCGGCAUCCCCUACGUCAUCUCCUACCUGCACCCGGGGAGCACGGUCCUGCACGUGGACACCAUCUACAACCGCCCCUCCAACACCACCACGGAGCUCUGGACCUUGCCCCAGAUCCCGGGAGAGAGGUACAGUGCCAACAAGGACGUGGUGGUCCUCACCAGCAGCCACACUGGGGGCGUGGCCGAGGACAUCGCCUACAUCCUCAAGCGCAUGCGCAGGGCCAUCGUGGUGGGCGAGCGCACCGUGGGGGGGGCCCUGGACCUUCAGAAGCUGAGGAUCGGCCAGUCCGACUUCUACUUCACGGUGCCCGUGUCCAGGUCCCUAGGGCCCCUAGGUGGGGGCAGCCAGACCUGGGAGGGCAGCGGGGUCCUGCCCUGUGUGGGGACGCCCGCCGAGAAGGCCCUGGAGAAAGCCUUGGCCAUCCUCACGCUGCGCCGAGCCCUGCCGGGCGUGGUGCACCGUCUGAAGGAGGCCCUGCAGGAAUACUACACGCUGGUGGACCGCGUGCCCGCCCUGCUGCGCCACCUGGCCGGCAUGGACUUCUCCGAGGUGGUCUCUGAGGAGGGCCUGGUCAGCAGGCUCAAUGCUGGCCUGCAGGCAGUGUCCGAGGAUCCCCGGCUGCUGGUGCGGGCAGUCAAGCCCAGAGAAGCCUCCGUGGAGCCUGAGGCCGGAGCUGACAAUGCCCCAGGAGAGGCCCCGGUGUUACCCACAGACGAGGCCGCCCUGCAGGCCCUUGUGGACUCCGUGUUCCAGGUGUCUGUGCUGCCCGGCAACGUCGGCUACCUGCGCUUCGACAUGUUUGCCGACGCCUCUGUGCUUGGGGUGCUGGCCCCAUACUUCCUGCGCCAGGUGUGGGAGCCCCUGCAGGACACGGAGCACCUCAUCAUGGACCUGCGUCACAACCCAGGGGGGCCGUCCUCCUCCGUGCCCCUGCUGCUCUCCUACUUCCAGGGCCCCGAGGCCGGCCCAGUGCGCCUCUUCACCACCUACGACCGGUGCACCAACGUCACCCAGGAGCACUACAGCCUCACGGAGCUCCCGGGCCCACGCUAUGGCACGCAGCGCGGGGUGUACCUGCUCACCAGCCACCGCACCGCCACGGCGGCCGAGGAGUUCGCCUUCCUCAUGCAGUCCCUGGGCUGGGCCACCCUGGUGGGUGAGAUCACCGCGGGCAGCCUGCUGCACACACGCACCGUGCCACUGCUGGACACGCCUGAGGGUGGCCUGGUGCUCACUGUGCCCGUGCUCACCUUCAUCGACAACCAUGGUGAGGGCUGGCUGGGCGGUGGCGUGGUGCCCGACGCCAUCGUGCUGGCUGAGGAGGCCCUCGACAGAGCACGGGAGGUGCUGGAGUUCCACCGAAGCCUGGGGGCCUUGGUGGAGGGCACAGGGCGCCUGCUGGAGGCCCACUACGCGCGGCCGGAGGUGGUCGGGCAGACAAGUGCGCUGCUGAGAGCCAAGCUGGCCCAGGGGGCAUACCGCACUGCGGUGGACCUGGAGUCACUGGCCUCCCAGCUCACGGCUGACCUGCAGGAAGUGUCCGAGGACCACCGCUUGCUGGUGUUCCACAGCCCCGGCGAGCUGGUGGCUGAGGAGGUCCCCCCCCCCCCCCCCGCCAUCCCCUCUCCAGAAGAGCUCUCCUACCUCAUCGAGGCCCUGUUCAAGACAGAGGUGCUGCCCGGCCAGCUGGGCUACCUGCGCUUUGACGCCAUGGCUGAGCUCGAGACGGUGAAGGCCAUCGGGCCGCAGCUGCUGCAGCUGGUGUGGCAGAAGCUGGUGGACACGGCCGCCCUGAUCGUGGACCUGCGCUACAACCCCGGCAGCUACUCCACAGCCGUGCCGCUGCUCUGUUCCUACUUCUUUGAGGCAGAGCCUCGCCAGCACCUCUACUCCAUCUUUGACCGGGCUACCUCAAAGAUCACAGAGGUGUGGACCCUGCCGCAGCUGGCCGGCCAGCGCUACGGUGUCCACAAGGACCUCUACGUCCUGACCAGCCACACCAGCGGCUCUGCAGCAGAGGCUUUUGCUCACACCAUGCAGGACCUGCAGCGGGCCACUGUCAUCGGAGAGCCCACAGCCGGAGGGGCCCUCUCUGUGGGCAUCUACCAGGUGGGCAGUAGCCCCCUCUACGCCUCCAUGCCCACGCAGAUGGCUCUGAGCACUACCACAGGUGAGGCCUGGGACCUGGCUGGGGUAGAGCCUGACAUCGUUGUGCCCAUGAGCGAGGCGCUCUCCACAGCCCAAGACAUAGUGGCCCUGCGUGCCAAGGUGCCCACCGUGCUGCAGACAGCCGGGAAGCUGGUAGCAGAUAACUAUGCCUCGCCUGAGCUAGGAGCCAAGAUGGCUGCCAAGCUGAGCCGUCUGCAAAGUCGCUAUGCAAGGGUGACCUCGGAAGGGGCCCUGGCUGAGAUGCUGGGUGCUGACCUGCAGAUGCUGUCUGGGGACCCACAUCUGAAAACAGCACACAUCCCUGAGGAUGCUAAGGACCGCAUUCCUGGAAUCGUGCCCAUGCAGAUUCCGUCCCCUGACGUCUUUGAAGACCUGAUCAAGUUUUCCUUCCACACCAACGUGCUGGAGGGCAACAUCGGCUACCUGAGGUUCGACAUGUUCGGGGACUGCGAGCUGCUAACCCAGGUCUCCGAGCUGCUGGUGGAGCACAUCUGGAAGAAGAUCGUGCACACAGAUGCCAUGAUCAUCGACAUGAGGUUCAACAUCGGCGGCCCCACCUCCUCCAUCGCUGCCCUGUGCUCCUAUUUCUUUGAUGAAAGCCCUCCGGUUCUGCUGGACAAGAUCUACAGCCGUCCCAACGACUCCGUCAGUGAGCUCUGGACCCACGCCCGGCUUGUAGGUGAAAGGUACGGCUCCCAGAAGAGCGUGGCCAUUCUGACCAGCGGGGUGACGGCCGGCGCCGCGGAGGAGUUCACCUACAUCAUGAAGAGGCUAGGCCGGGCCCUGGUCAUUGGGGAGGUGACCAGUGGGGGCUGCCAGCCACCGCAGACCUAUCACGUGGAUGACACCCACCUCUACCUCACCAUCCCCACAGCCCGCUCCGUGGGGGCCGCUGAUGGCACCUCCUGGGAAGGGGUGGGUGUGGUGCCCCAUGUGCUUGUCCCCGCAGAAGCGGCCCUCUCCAGAGCCAAGGAGACGCUCCAGCACACCCUGCGGAGGGCGCGGCGGAGCCCAGAUGUGGCGGAGAGCAGCCCAGCCCCAGGACUCAGCGGCCGGUCAGCUCAGCGAGGGCCCGGGGUCCACCGCACAGCAAGGUUCCAGCUGACCCGGGAAGAAAAACCCUGCCAGGAAAGUGGUCGAGGUCCCCUGGAGGGCACCGCCUCCUGCUUCCUGAGCGGCCAAGGCAUUCUGCCCAUCGGCUCCAGCUUCCGUGGACAGCAGCUCUACCAGAGGCCUCGAGGCCCAGACUGGGUGGAGGAGAGAGAGCUGUGGAGGACAGAGGUGAAGACCGCCAGCACGGCCCGGGGAGACCUUGGGAGUCCGAGAGGAGGACACAUCCUGGAGAGCGGCCAAGGCAUUCUGCCCAUCGGCUCCAGCUUCCGUGGACAGCAGCUCUACCAGAGGCCUCGAGGCCCAGACUGGGUGGAGGAGAGAGAGCUGUGGAGGACAGAGGUGAAGACCGCCAGCACGGCCCGGGGAGACCUUGGGAGUCCGAGAGGAGGACACAUCCUGGAGGGGCCUCCCGGCACCCCCAGAGGGACAGAGGUGUCCCACUGCACCUGCAGGAAGCCCCUGGCUCCUUCCGCGGAGGACGAUGAGAAGGCCAGUCUCUUUCUCAAGCCCAUCCUCCCACUGCAGCCAGAUGGCAUCCCCUAA